UCGGCAUAUCCUACGUCAUCAGUGGGUGGGGCAAACAUGAGUGGGUCCUAUCCAUAAAAUCACACGCUAUGCCAACUAGCUGGUUAUUUGUAUUGUAACAACAAUGGCUGACGUUUUGUCUUUGGACGAGGAACUUAUCUGCGCAGUUUGCCGGGACAUUUUUGUCGAACCAGUUACUUUACCAUGUGGACACAACUAUUGUGAGGAAUGCGUCAAUCAGUUGAAACGGUCAUUGGCAAGGGCUGGAGGAGACGAAACCCCUUCACAACAUUAUACGUGUCCGCUUUGCUUAGCGCCUUGUGAUGUCAGAAUAGAAUUGAAGAAGAAUAUUGUCCUUCACAACAUCCUCGAAAAAUUUCACGGAAACCGAUCUACUGGUCAUGAUUGUAGCGUGUGCAAGGGUCAGCAGAAACUUCCGGCAGAAAAGACGUGUCUGAAUUGUGAGGAGUCAUACUGCACCCUUCACAUUAUGCCACAUUAUGAGAAUAAUACUCUUAAACAACACGUACUUGUAAAUCCUAUAUCCAACACCAACAGACUAUGCAAAUCACAUGGAAAGGAACUUGAACUUUACUGCCAGUCUGAUCACACUGCCCUGUGCGUGUACUGCAUGUUGCCUUCAGAGGCCAAACACACAAUAGGGCAUAGCGUCAUCAAAUUGUCAGAAGCAACAGCAAAUCUGAAGGAGAAUUGCCAAGCCAAGCUUUCUGAUGUAAGACUCAAUUUGUCAGAAAUAAAACAUUGUAUGUCAGAUUUGGAGAACACUGCAGCCAGUUCUAAGAAUAACCUGGAAGGUCAACAGGGGGACUGUACAUCCUUUCUCAGAAAGCUCAAAAUGUUCCUAGACUUUGAAGAACAAGCUUGGCAAAAGCGAUUCUCUGUGGACCUGGUUCAGGAGAGCAGGAAUCUGAAGCACAGGGUAGAAAGGCUGAUGAAGCUGAAGGGAAGGUUGGUAGAAGCACAGGAGGGUUUACAGCAGGCCCUGGCCAUCCAAGACCCGUUGCUGCUACUGCAGACCUCGCAAAACACAGACUGGGGAGACCUUUAUGAAAGUGAGUCAUGUAGUCGUCAAAUCCAAGAGGUGAGGGAGUGGAGUGGACCAAAGCCCAUUGCCUCUGCAAAAAUCAUGCCACUGUUCCAUACCCUGAAAGGAACAUUUUCAGGAGAUGACAUCAAGUUAAACCCACAAUCUGCACAUCCCAGGUUAAAGUUGUGUCUUGCAAGUGGCUCACUGUGGUUGCCUAAGAACACGGAUCAUUCAGAUGGUCCUUACUGUGUGUUUGGCUGUGAGGCCUUCCGAGAUGGAGUGCACCACUGGGAGGUCGUGGUGGAGAAUAUCCCUGGUUGGACUGUGGGCAUCUCGUAUGCACCUGCCCAGGGUAAGGUGUCCAGCGUUGUGCUUGGCAGUGACGAAUCCUCCUGGGGCUUGAGCUAUACACAUAGCAGAGGCCAGUUCUGUGCUGAACAUGGUUGGUUCAAGUUCUGUUUUGCCACCCCCACUCCUGGUUUUCCCAGCCGAAUUGGGGUGUUUCUGGAUGUAGACAGUGGCAUCCUAUCAUUCUAUGAUGCACUUAGACUAAAGCACCUUCAUACAUUCUACUGCAGUCUUCACACACCUGUCUAUCCUGCUUUCAGUAUUAAUGUGGAGUCAGAUAGAGAAGGUCUUACCAAGAUGAGAGUUAUUAAUCCAGAGAAGAAUCAGUGACUUAUUAGCAAAGGAUCAUAGGUGAUGUAUUGCAGAAACAGCACCCAUCUCUCAUGGUGUUUCCAUGUACAGGAUUUGUACGUUGGAGAAAAGAAAACGAUCUCUGAUACUGCUGUGCUGUGGUGUGCAUUGACAACUUUUCAAAGCAUAUGCCUAGCCUCAGAGGGUGAUCAGUAUUCACACACUUUUUUGUAACAGAUAUUACAUAUUUAUAUAUUUUAUGAGUUUCAAGUGAAUUGUAUGCAUGAAUUAUAAUUUUAUAUAUAACUUGAAGCAUGUCAUACAAUUCUAAAUUUAAAUGUAGUUUUAUACACAUAAUCAAAUUUUUGUAAUUGAAUUAUAUGGUCACAAAUACACUUUUAUGAACAACUUGGUUUACAUUAUUUUAUUAUAUGAGUUAUCAGUUCAGCAGGUAACAAAAUAACCAUAUCCACACAGUGCAUUUUAUACAAGCACCUCUCUGAAAAUUAGAGACAAUUUACAGAAACUCUCAUAUCCAUUAGUUGUGUCUACACUUGUUACCAAAGCUACCAUCUCCACUCUCUACGCUCUUCAGUUCAGUAUGAUAUCUUGCCUGCAGUGUCUCUGUUCGACCGUUGGCCUUAUCUUUAAACAUUGUUCACAUAUUUACCUCAACUGGCAAUCCUUCUGCACUCUCAAGGAAGUUUCCGUUAACUGUCAAAUACAUCAGACACACCAGAGGGGCUACUAUCCCAAGUUUUAGACUCUAGUCACAUGCUGUGUGUAUACAUUUGUAGCUUUAUUAAUUAUCUAUAAAAUAUAAAAAUCUACAAAACAUUUAGUUGUCAU